GUUACAGUUACACAGUUUGUGUGUGUGCGGCUUGUCUUGGGAGAGGGAGGGACAGAAUGUAUGUGUGUUCGUGCGCGUUACUUAAGGGAGAAAAAAAUUGAAGUUGCCGCCAUAUGCCAAGGAUUUUUUUUCAUGACUUGGUGAACUGCACAGUUUUCCAGGGGGGUUGACAAAACGGAAUAGGGCACCUAGAUGGGGAGCUCUCAUCUGCUGAACAAAGGCCUGCCAUUAGGCAUUCGACCUCCUAUCAUGAAUGGGCCCAUGCAUCCCCGCCCACUAGUGGCACUGUUAGAUGGCAGGGAUUGCACAGUAGAGAUGCCGAUACUCAAAGAUGUAGCAACUGUGGCAUUCUGUGAUGCACAGUCCACCCAAGAAAUCCAUGAAAAGGUACUUAACGAAGCAGUGGGGGCUUUAAUGUAUCACACCAUCACAUUAACGAGAGAAGACUUGGAAAAAUUCAAAGCACUUAGAAUAAUAGUCCGAAUUGGCAGCGGGUUCGAUAACAUUGAUAUCAAGUCAGCUGGAGAAUUAGGAAUUGCAGUGUGCAACAUGCCAGCAGCUUCUGUCGAGGAAACUGCAGAUUCAACAAUGUGCCAUAUCUUGAAUCUUUACAGACGAACAACCUGGCUACACCAAGCACUCCGAGAAGGCACUCGGGUUCAGAGCGUUGAACAGAUACGAGAAGUUGCUUCAGGGGCUGCUCGUAUCAGAGGAGAGACACUGGGAAUCAUUGGUCUUGGCCGUGUUGGGCAGGCAGUAGCACUGAGAGCCAAAGCAUUUGGGUUUAAUGUGCUUUUUUAUGACCCAUAUCUCUCUGAUGGCAUUGAGCGUGCAUUAGGUCUUCAACGAGUCAACACUUUGCAAGAUUUAUUAUUUCACAGUGACUGUGUCACCCUGCAUUGCAGCCUUAAUGAGCACAAUCAUCAUUUAAUCAAUGAUUUCACAAUUAAGCAGAUGAGGCAAGGUGCAUUCCUGGUAAACACGGCACGGGGAGGCCUAGUAGAUGAAAAGGCUCUUGCUCAAGCCCUGAAAGAAGGCAGGAUACGAGGGGCAGCCCUUGAUGUACAUGAAACAGAGCCCUUCAGUUUUAGCCAAGGUCCUUUAAAGGAUGCCCCAAAUCUCAUCUGUACUCCACAUGCUGCGUGGUACAGUGAACAAGCGUCUAUUGAAAUGAGAGAAGAAGCCGCAAGAGAGAUCCGCAGGGCUGUUACAGGCCGCAUUCCAGAUAGUCUGAAAAACUGUGUCAACAAAGACUACCUUUCCCAAGCCACACACUGGGCAAACAUGGAUCCAACAGUUGUACACCAAGAGCUCAAUGGAGCAUACAGGUACCCACCUGGUGUUGUGAGCCUGGCCCCCGCAGGUCUUCCCCAAACAGUAGAAGGAAUUGUCCCUAAUGCCAUGCCUUUAUCACACGGCCUUCCAACAGUAGCCCAUCCCCCGCAUGCCCCAUCUCCGGGCCAGACUGUCAAACCAGAAGCUGACAGAGAGCAGCAUCCCAGUGACCAGUUGUAGCUGGCAAAGCUUGCAGUCACAGAGUGGCCUGCUACAACAAUGGAGAAGAGAUUGAAACAAUUGUAGACCAGCGGUAAUACAAUGAACUUAAAGGGAGCUGACUAUGAUUUUAGAAACUUAUCCAAGAAUAUGAGGAAAGUGUUUUGGGGAAAGGAAGAAGAUGUUGGAAAGAGAAUUUUAAAAUAUUUUCCUCCAUAUAAAUUGUAGUUUGUCACUGUCCAGUGGACUGAUUUGUUUCUGUGUGUUAUGGGUUCUUUGUUAAGCAAGAAAAGUUAUUGUAGUUAAUUAUAUCAUGAAUGUAACAUGUCUGUGUACAGUUUUUAGAACAUUAAAAUGGUUUUUUGCUUAGUGGUCAAACAGAAAAAAAAGUAAAGGAGGCAUUCAACCAACUGAUUUUGUGGGAAAACAAAUUAUUUUCUUUUUAUAUUUUCGAAACACGCCCAAAUAGAGGCAGUUCUGCAAACUUUCUCAGGAAAUUAAAUUUUUUUCCCAGUUAUGUUCCUUUCAAAACCACAUAGUGCAUUGUUUUUGUACCUGCUUGUCUUAUUUUUUUAGAAUGAUUUAGAGAAACAUAAAAUUAAAUCAAUCACUUUGCUUAUUUUUUUGGCAUGAAUUCCCUUAGUUUCAAUCUUAAGGGCACACGUGUUAAAUGAGAUUAUGGGGAAAGUGAUGUCUCAUAGAAACUGCUCACCAUGCUUCUGUCACCCAUUUCAGUGUAAAUAAUUGAUGGUAAUGCAUUAAGAAUUAAAGGUUUUAAAUAAGGGCACUAGUCUACAGGAAGGUAGCAACAUUUCAUCGCCUACAUCAGUUCCCUCCUGGUAAAGUGGUAGGCUAGCAAUAUCUUUUGGUUAAGAAAAGCAAAACUAAACAAAAUCAUGUUUGUGACUGUAUCCAUUUGUAUGAAUUAUUUUAAAAGAAAUAAAAUUCAAAUUAAACAUC